CUCCACCUCAUAGACCAGACAGACAGUUCAGAACCUGAAAUCCAAUACCUAAAGUUCCAUGAUGACAAAAAAUCUUUGCUCGCUUUCUGACCUCAUUUUCCUACAGUUUCAACGUCGUCAACGAAUCCGUAAGUUGUCUGUUUCCCGCAGAAGUUAGAUAUAAUUCUUAGCAAUGACAUAACUGCUGUGACGGCCACGGCCAGUUGGGUUUGUUGUCAAAACAUAACAUUUCGCGAAUUCAAUAAAUACAAUACAAAAAUGUUCGGACUGAAUGCCCUGCACAUCAUGGUGGCUUUCACGUCAGUUUGGUGGGCAUCGGAUUCUGCAUCAUCAGCAAGAUUUGACUCUGGUUUAACAAAAGCAGGGGACAGCGUACCUGUCACUACACCGCUGGGGAAUCCUACCACAAAUCCAUCCUACACUAUACAGACAGAAGCAAUUCUGAAAACGCAAAUUAAGCCAUCUACAGCCACCUCAUCAGGCAUUGCUUUGGUGACAACUAUCCAUCCCCGUGCACCCUCCAAAUUUGAUGCAGGCAGCUUCCUGGGAGGGAUGAUGCUGGCCCUCAUCCUCACACUGGCCAUCGCACUUGGAUACAAACUAGCGUGCACCAAGCAGGAUGUACGCUACCGUACCCUGAGGGAGGAGCAUGAGGCUAUCAUAUAGCUUACAUCCUGGGACAGUAGGCGACCUACAGAUUAUGGCAUUGAAUUAAAUUAGCCACUGAUCUUGAAGGUUAUUUGGUGAAAUGUAUAUUUUGUGAUAUAGAGUAUGCAUGAUAAAGCAUCACACAACAUGUAUUAUUUGAUUUUUGGUCUCUAAAGUAACAAAUAAAUAAUUUUGAAUACAAUAAACGCAUCUUUAUUUGAGACGAGUUUGAUUAUACAAAUAAUUUAUCUUUGUUGUGAGCUGCUGUUAGGUCAAGCAGUGUGUAGAAUGUCACAAGACAACAAUAACAAAGUAUAUACUUUAUUUCAGGCCAAUUUAAAAGUAUUAUAGAAAGAGAUAUAAUGUAACAGAAUUUAUGGUUCUAAAAUACAUGCACAUAUGUAUCUAUCAAAAAUUAACAGAUCACAACUUGCUGAAUAUAAAGUCAUUUCAUGUGCAUUUAGAAAUAUCUAAAUACCAAUCCUUUAACUUGUGUGAUUAGUUCUACUUCUACAAAGACAGUAAACAGCUACAAUAUUCAGACAACAACACGUUAACUAAGCAUAGAAUCAUGGUUUCUGUGACAAAUACAUAAUUUAUAGUUAAAAUUCUGUAGUCGUGCAAUAUAAGCACUGUAGUGUACUGUACCACCAUCUUUAAAAAGUCACUUUAGUUGCAUUUUUCACACACCAACACUGUUUGUCCAUCUUUAGCCACCAGCAACAUACUUGAUGCAAGAUAAAUAUAAUCUGAGUGGAAAAGUCUUAACCAGAAUUAGUUGUCAAUUCCCACAAUAACACAAUCUGUCUCCGAUCUGUACAUUUGUUCUGUAAAGUUGACACUGCAUCUAUGCAGUUAACAUCAACUGACAAUGCAUUCAAUGUCACAAGUCACUAGAUGUUACUGGGUAAAAAAACAUCUAGAGAAGGCUGUUGAUCUGCUAUAUACACAUUUUGAUAGUGUACUCAUACUGUAAACAUCUAAUAAUGCACAUAUUCUGAUGAGGAAGAAAAAGCAACUAUUAGAAUUUAAAUGUAUUUAACUUUUGCUGUAGUGUCCUCUAGAUACAAACGAAUGUAAACAACAUGUGACACAACAAGCACUCUGGAAGAACCAUACUAUUUCUGUUCUACAACUCACCGUGUUAGUCAGUCAAUACCACCAUCACAUCUACAAAUGAGCUCUCUUAGCUAGAUUUACUCACGUCUCCAUCAAAAACUUAAAUUCAACUGUACAUCAUUUUCUCAUUAGCUUAUACAUUUAGGCUUACACAAGUUAACAAAUCAAAUCAUUUUGUCUGUUGUUCAAAAAGGGAGAUGAUACGUGAGAGAAUCAUGACAAAAACAAAUAAACAUACAACAACAAAAAAACUCUUUGGAAUCUGCCACAACAAUUCCUGACUGAAAUCAUAGCUGAUUGUUUUUGAUAUUUUUUACAUACAGUCUGUGUAACUCACCAUUUACCGAUCAAACCCUGGCUAACUUCUACUCUACUUCUCUAACCCUCAUAUCACCCUCCUCUGACCAGCUAAAACAUGUCCUAACCAUCAUCUGUGAGCAGCCUCUUCCUUUCAGCACAGCACAGAAUGGCACAGGCCAGCAAGAUACAUCCGUUCGACAUGUUACAUGCAAUGUCACUCAUUCCCUGUUGUUUAGACUUCUAAUGGAUCCAAGUGCAUUUGUUUGUUUUUUUUUGUUUUUAGUUUCUUAUUUUGGUUCAUUUUGAAGCAUAUUAUAGCACAACAGGGAUACAACGCAAUAUAUAUGGGUACAAUAUUACUAAAGUCAUAUAGAACUGUUUACGUGGAAACAAAGUUUGUAAUUUGUAAAUCUGAAAAUUCCCUCUCUGUGAAUAAAAUCUGUUGCUGUGAUGUGCUGAAAGGUGACCCUGUUAAAAUGUAUAAAUCCACCUAAAAACAAGUAUCAGCAAAUAAGCAGUCUGAUCUAUAACACAUGUAAUAACCUAACAUACAAUAUUCUUUAAAGAUAAAACAAGACAGAAUCAGCCUCAAAUAAGUCUGAAAUACAAAUGAGUCAGUUCCAUUAUAAUAUGUUUUAUAAAACAGAAAUACAUUUUUGAUUAUUGAUCAUUAGUGUAGGUAAUGGAGAGUGUGGUUGGUGUUCACGAUGCAGCGUCUUCUCUACUGCUUCAUACUGCAGUACAGAAACUUGGUAAUGCUUUGCUUCGCUCCUCUCUCAAAAAAUACAACUGAAGGCACUUGAUUUGACAAAGGAUUAACUUAGACUCGCUGGCACAGCCAAGCAGUUAUGUAGGUCCCCCAGGCUCCAGCCUCCACCACAAUCCCCCCAAGAGACAGCACGUCCUCACUGGGUCUCAUGUUACCUUAAUUCCAAAUCAGUAUUGUUCUAUUCACUUCAGAUACAUCAUUUUUGGUUUCUCAGGCUCCGAAAAAAAGACAGAAAGAAGGUCUUAAGUGUAAAAGGCCAACGUUAAAAUGUUUGUUUUUUGAGCUCGAAGCAAUAGUCUCAAACACAGUAUUGCUGCUUAACACUGUACUUCAAAACAAUGAGGCACCAGAGGCUCCAGAUGAUGAUGGAUAUCCUGUCUGAAAAGUACAUGCACAUGCCCAGCUCAUCUAUGGAAGGGGGGUUGAGGCACCCAAGAUGGAUUGUAUGGACAGCCAUGUGAAAGAUUUGGGGACCCUUGAAUAAUUGUCUGUUCAUGGGCCAGCCUUGAAGACACAGACAAAUAAAAGAGAUAUAAGAAGUAAACUAGCGAGAGAAAAAAAA